CAGAAGCAACCGCCACCACCGAUGCACAAGGUGUCACAUUUGAAAAGAAACCCGAGCCCCAGGGAGGCGGCACAGAGCGACCCCAGCCCGGCUAGCGCACACUGCGCGGCAGGGCGCUGGGCAGCGCUGGAGAACCGGGAGAGCUCCACCGCUGAACGUCCUAGCGACCUGAUUCUGGGAUCUCGGCUCCACGCUCCCUUCGCAAAUUUCAGAUUUCUCCCCCUUGAUUAUUUCCCCAAAACGGAGCCUUUAUACCAGGAGAAGGUGCCUGAGCUGGGACAACCUGGACUUUCCCGGGCACCCAAGAUGCGCUCCAUUAGAAAACGGUGGACCAUCUGCACUAUAAGUCUACUCCUGAUCUUUUAUAAGACAAAAGAAAUAGCCAGGACUGAGGAGCACCAAGAGACGCAACUCAUCGGAGAUGGUGAAUUAUGCUUGAGCAGAUCACUUGUCAACAACUCUGAUAAAAUCACUCGGAAGGCUGGCUCUACCAUCUUCCAACAUUCCGUACAAGGCUGGAAAAUCAAUUCUUCUUUAGUCCUGGAGAUAAGGAAGAACAUCCUCCGUUUCCUAGACGCGGAACGUGACGUGUCGGUGGUCAAGAGCAGUUUCAAGCCUGGUGAUGUCAUACACUAUGUGCUGGACAGACGCCGGACACUAAAUAUUUCCCACGAUCUGCAUAGCCUCCUGCCUGAAGUUUCACCAAUGAAAAACCGCAGGUUUAAGACCUGUGCUGUUGUUGGAAAUUCCGGCAUUCUACUAGAUAGUGGAUGUGGAAAAGAGAUCGACAGCCACAACUUUGUCAUAAGGUGUAAUCUAGCUCCUGUGGUGGAGUUCGCUGCGGAUGUGGGGACUAAGUCAGAUUUCAUUACCAUGAAUCCAUCAGUUGUGCAAAGAGCAUUCGGAGGCUUUCGGAAUGAGAGUGACAGAGAAAAAUUUGUGCACAGACUCUCCAUGCUGAAUGACAGCGUCCUUUGGAUUCCUGCCUUCAUGGUCAAAGGAGGAGAGAAGCACGUGGAAUGGGUUAAUGCAUUAAUCCUUAAGAAUAAACUGAAAGUGAGGACUGCCUAUCCAUCACUGAGACUCAUUCAUGCGGUCAGAGGUUACUGGCUGACCAACAAAGUUCCUAUCAAAAGACCCAGCACAGGUCUCCUCAUGUACACCCUUGCCACCAGAUUCUGUGACGAAAUUCACCUGUAUGGAUUCUGGCCAUUUCCUAAGGAUCUGAACGGAAAAGCUGUCAAAUACCAUUACUAUGAUGACUUGAAAUAUAGAUACUUUUCCAACGCAAGUCCUCACAGAAUGCCACUGGAAUUCAAAACAUUGAAUGUGCUGCACAAUAGAGGAGCUCUAAAACUGACCACAGGGAAGUGCAUGAAGCAAUAAGGCGCUGCGGGAAGGGUAAAAACUGAACACAAACUUUUUCUAAAGAUGCUUCUGGAGAUUUAGAAACAGGAUCCAAAACGAGGCUGGGUUUCAGCACCCACCACUUGACUGAGUCGCUAAAAUGGAAGUCUGUGCAAGUCCACCACCAGCUGAAGAAAAACCUGCAAAGUGCUCUAACCACAAAAUAUCCUGACUUCAAGGGUCCUAGCAAGUGCCACUUCCAUGAAGAAUACAGUUUGAAUGUAUUAUCCGUCGUGUUUACAAGAUCCAACAGUGCACUCAUCGUCAGUUAGCAGAGCAAACGUGUUCGUCACUGUGGGGCAGCCACUGUAAUGCCAAGCACACUGGAAGAGGAACCCAAGAGCACCACUCGGCCCUUGGGAAGUAAAAACGUCCUUGAUUGCGGAAAUGAAGAAGAAGAGAGUUCAAGCAGUGAAAUCCAGGACAUGAAGCAGCGUGAGGGAAUGCUUUCAGUCAGGACGCCGAGAAUGGCCGUGUUUACGUUUUGUUUAUAUUCUUGUUUGUCUUCUGAUGUUUAGUUUGGGUUUGGGUUUGGGGUGCUUAGAAAUUCAUUUGAGAAACAGAAAUGGGAAACACAUAUGAAUGAGAAAAAUAAACAUCAAACGGUCCUUUCUAAAGUUCUUAUGUUUUUUAAAACAACAAUCACACCAAAUUUUUGCUUGUUUGUUUGUUUUCCUUUGCACAACUUUAAAUCUCUGGAUUAUAGAUCAAUGGUGUAUGUAGCAGGUACCAGCCAAACUAUACCACCCGGUAGUAGUAAACUAUUAAUGAAGGAGUGAGAUUUGAAACACAGUAAAAUUAGCAGAAAAACUUCACUCUUGGUACCAAAGACUAUAUCAUGUUCCUACACAAUAAGCCACUGUCCUUAAAGAAUAUAUUGUUAGCAUGAAUGAAUCUAUAUGCUGCUAAUAUGAAACUUAGCUCUACAUAGUUAAACAUUUUCAAAAUCAAACACUGAUUUUAAUUUAUUUCUUUGAAAUUUCAUGAUAACUUUGUGGAGACACAUAUUUGUGAAGAGCAAAUGUUGGCUUGAUGCAACUGAAAUGAGACUUCCCAUUCAGUAAAAUCAUCUCGGCUAUCCGGGUGCAGAGAUCAAUAUGGCCCUCGUAGUGUUAUUUUAAAAUUUCUCUCUACAAAUAACAUGAUCAACGGAGCCUUGUUUUCAUAACAGACAAGUGAUUCAAAGCAGUUUAACAAUACCACAUCAGCAUUGUGCGUUUCAGAUGAAUUCAAUGGACGUGGAUCUUUCGGUAGUUGAGUACAGUUCUGUUAUUACAGCAUUUUUAAAGGAACAUGAACUUACUCAUAGAGUGACUUGCUAACUUACUUAUGUGACUGGACUGACUGGUGGCUGGGCUUUCUGUUUCUUUUGAAAGCAGAACUACAUUCUCACUUCUGCUUUUGUCUGCAGCAGCUUAACAUGACUUCCUGUUUCUCAGAGAAGUCAGAGGAAAGCAGAAACAGCAUGAAAAAUGUGUACGUUUUGUUUUUCAAAGUCAGGCAAUCUAAAAUGAAGAAAGAGCACAGCAUAGUUAUACAUAUAUGUUAUAUAUGUACUCACAUUAUGGACAAGGAUAGUCACGUAGUACAGUUACCAAAUUUUUAAUAGCAGUUGCAAUAUUUUUUUAGAAAAAUUGACUGAACCUCAGGAUAAAAAUAACAUUUUUUUCUGAGAAUCCAUGUAUCCAUCAGAAAGGAAAAGAGAAUGCCUAUGGGAGUUUCCUAACUGGCAAUGAAUUAUUAUCACUCUACCUUUACCAUCAAAUUCCUUUUCUAUUUGAAAAAUUGAAAGUGUUAAAUACAUGUUAUAUAAAUGUUUAAUUGAGAGUCUAAUAUACUGGAUAUGUGAACAUUGGAUAAUAUAUGAAACUUAUUUUGAACUCUAUGCAGAUCAGUGUUCCCACCAACAGCUAACAUGAAUUCCACAGAAAUCCAGAAGCCACAAGUAAAUUAAUUAUAAGUAUAUACUACCUUGGCACUCAUUUACAGUAUGUAUUUGAAAGCAGCAGCAUACCGUUUUGACUGAAAUUUUAAGGGGGAAAAAUGUGUUUAAAACCACACUUUGCCGGCAGCCAGCACAGCUCAGCCGUCCACUGUUUCAUGCAUUGGUGUCUAACUCUUACACGCAUUGGGUAGUGCCUUUUAACAUCACUGUAUUGAUUCUUCACCCUCUGCUUUGCGUUUUUAAAUACUUGCCCAGUUAGGGAAAUGCUCAGUAUCCUAAGGGCUUCAGAUUUGAGAGACAACUACUUUUGUUCAUCUCAGGGAACUUUGAGUACAUAAGAAUGAAUUCCAUUAAAGACAUUUAGUGCUCCAAGAAGAAACCUUGUGUGAGGCCAGUUCUUUCUCUCUCACACACACAGACGCUUUCAUUUGCCAUCAGAGCUCAAUCCCUGUCAUGGCCUUACCACAGAAAGAAGGCAAGGAGAGAAUUCAGGAGUGACAGUAGGGGAAAGAGUUACGACUUAACACGCAUGAUGGCAUAACAUGAAGGGAUCACAACAAAAUCAAAUUACAAGUACAUACUUGAACUAUCUGUGUUUUCCUUAAUACGGUAUGCUCGCAGCUUUACUUGUUUUAUUUCUUUUUUUUUUUAUGAUUUAAUCAUGCACCUGGGGGGUGCCCAGGCAGCUGACUGUGAAAUAUCCCAGUCACUGAGGUAACGUGAUUGCCACUGUGCUUUUGACAGGAGCAGACCAUGGGAAUAUUCUCAUGGGAAUAUUGUUACUCAGCAUAAACGACACUCAACAACAGGUCGUUGAAAGAAAAUAUGAAUCAAUACUAGGUUUUCAGGGCAAAUCUAGUGAUUGCGCUCACAGGAACAAUGGAAGCACUGUGGAAGUUUUUCUCGCUGGGAGAAGGCGCUGGGCAUUCGAAUGUCCUCAUGUAAUGUAUACCACAUGAACUGCACAUCGAUCAUUAAUGAAAAUCUCCACAUAUAUCCUUACAGAAAUGCUUUAUUUAAGAAAUACUAAGAGUAGUGUACAGCCAAGUGAGUUACCCAGUUACUACUCAAGGAAGGGCAAGCAAAGUAAUUUAUUUAUAGUUGUGCCAAUUAGUCAUGAUACAUAUUACGUGAUAUUUGGUUCACAGAGUUGUCUUCAUGUGAUUAUUAUAAGGACUAUCUAUAGUUGUGGAAGGGGGCUGGAAAACGUUGUGUAUAGUUAGCUGGUAUCUCUACAAGUUUGAGAGUUUCCCCAUUAAAUGUUAUCAGUAUACAGAGGUUUUAAUAAAAAAAAAAAAAAACAAGUAAGGGUAAUUAUUUGUAUUUGAAAAACAAACUCCAAAUACAACCCAUCUAGAAAUAGAUAUUAUAUAUGUGCUAUAAAUAUAUCUAUAUAGUACAAAUAGACAUGUGUGAUGCAUAUAUACCAUGUUAUAUAUGUAUAUCUGUGUGUACACUCUGAUUCUGUAAUAUGUGCACAACUAGAUGUGUGUAAUAUUGAUAUCUUCAGGGUCUGCACUGUGAAAUUCCCUGGAGAUCGUGACCACUUUAAAAACAGAAGUUCUUUUGAAACUUCACUUACUACUCUGCUUUAAGAAAGACCCACUUCCUAGCUGAAUUAUAUGUUCUUUCCUAGAGAAAUAGUCAGCAACUAGUCUGUUCAAGCCUUUCAAAACAAAAGUAAAGGGGAAAAAAUUACCUUCAAGCUGGCGAUGUAUUUAAAUUGCAGUUUUCUGACUGUGGGUCUAGGCUGUGUGUUUCUCCUUCAUGUAGCGCCUUUUACGGAAUACUGUUUUGUUUGUGUUGGUGAAAGCACAAGAGUUUUAGAUGUACAUAGCCAGGAGAAGAAAAGCAAAACAGAGUUUACAGAUCGCUUUGCUGCAUAGGAUAAUUGCUGCGUCUUUCCUCUACCGUCCGUGGAAAGGAAGGAUGAAGCUCACUCUGUAGGUUCUUUCUGGUCAACAAUGUCUUCUGUUGUUUGUGCAUAGCAAUGAGCUAUUCCUGCUUUAUCAUUUGUACAAUUGUAAAAUAAAUUAAAUUCCUUGUUUUUCAA